UUGCUGCGUCGUCGUUACCGUCGCCGCGAAGCCAGCGAAGUGUUUGUCGUUGCUUUAUCCAACUCCUGUGACUAUUGCUGGCGCUCUACGAUUAAAUCAGAAAGUUCAUUGAAACGUGUUCUUGUAGUUUAGUAAUGUUGUAAAAGCCAACUUUAAGGCGUAACAAUGAACGGAAGGCUGGACGGAUGUCUAAUCGUUAGCUGCUGUGAUGACAGCACGGAUGGUCUUGUAAAAGAAAUCGUAGACUCGCCAUCGGUUUCGCCUGUCGAUGUUUCUGAGGGCGUCAGAGCUUUCCCAUGGGCAGUUGAAACUAAAUACUACACUGCAACCAUCUACCUCCACACAACGUCGGCGUCAGUAGUUGAUUACGACGACAGUGCUGAUAAUAUUCAUGGUCUUAUAGUACUCUUCAACCCAAACCAGAAAGACACCUUGGAACAAGCAGACAAGUGGAUAGACAAAUGUCGCUGUGAUGUCGUGCUUCUGGUUUGUGGUCGCUGCCCCUCUACUGCAGAACCUCAAGGGCUCUCAAGGCAGCAGGUGUUGGAGUGGUGUGUUGAACGAAGCUGUGAGUUGAUUGAAACUCAGCCAAAUGAUGAGGAUGAUGAAGAAGAUGCAACAGGGGUUCGAAGGAUUGUUGAAGCACUUCAUGCACAUCCGUGGCCUCAGCUCGAAAUGAAAGGUGAAGUUCCAGGGCCAAGCAGAGCAGGGAACCAGCAUUCAAGAUUAUCUUCAGGGGACAGUGGAGAAGCCAGCACAGAUCUCAAACUGUUUUCAGAAGCCAUGGCCACAGACGGUGAUGAUGUGAGCUUUGAGGAGCUGUUUGCAAAAUUUAAGGAUAUGAAAGUUCAAGCUGAUAAGCUUUCAGGAGAGGAGCGGAAGAAGUUUGCAGAAAAAGUUGCCAUCCAGUUCUGGAGGGCAUUUGGAGGUGAAGAAGAUGAAGUAUGUGGCCUUAGCUCUGAAGAUGAAGCAGAGAAGUAGCAAGCCAGUGAUGUAUAUAAGUAUUCAAAGCUUAGAAGAAAAAAUAAACAUUUUU